GCGACGAUUUUUUUUUUUCAAAAAGUAAGCGGUUUUUUUAAAAUGAAGACUGUAUGUUUUAUUAUUCUCACUGGCUUGGCAAUUGUUACAGCCCAGUCAUUAGAAUUUACAAAUGGAGUAAAUGGCGAAACUUGUAAAUUAAAUCAACGUUAUAGCGACUGUGCAACAGCGUGCCCACUUAGUUGUGGUAAAAAAAAUGUUGAGAGAGACGACUGUCCCUAUGAUUGCAGUCCAGGCUGCGAAUGUAUCGACGGCUAUUAUCUAAACAAAAAUCUAGAAUGCGUUAAACCAGAAAACUGCGAAACGCCAAAUGAGUCUCGAGACCGUCUAUUGGUCGCGAAUUGCGGAGCUAACCAACAGUUUUCAUUUUGUCGGUCACCUUGUCCGCCAUCUUGUGGAAAGAAACCAAUCGAGCCUUGUCCAUUUAAUUGUACUUCCGGCUGCGAGUGUUUGAACGGAUACUUUUUAAAUAAAAAACGAGAAUGCGUAAAACCGGAAGAUUGUCCCCGUAAAACUGAAAAAAUUCCAGUAAAUCCAGUAUGUGGAGUAAACGAAAUUUUCAGUUCCUGUCAUAAAUCUUGUGAAUUUAAAUGCGCCGAAGGUUAUCGUCCUGAAUUAAUUCCAAUGUGUGUAACACGAAGAAAAGAAUUAUAUGACAUAAUUAAUGGAGCAUAUUUACGGGGGGAAAAUUGGACUGCUAUUGUGGAAGCAGAUGCAAAGAAAUGCUGGACCGGAUGUGGAUGCGCGGAUGGAUUCUGGAGAAAUUCGAAAGGACUUUGCGUUAGACCUCAAAAUUGUUUCGAUCAUUUGAAUAAUCAGCUUGAAAUUUAAAUUUAAUCAUUACUAUAUGAUUCUAAUUAAGUGAUGCGGAAAUCCAUUGAACCAAUUUUACAAUAAAUUCUAUUGCACACCUCAAGCGCGAAAGUGCUAGGGGUGCUUUACUGACGGUUCUUCCUCGGUGACAAUUUUUCUCAUACAAAAACAUUUCUACACCCUUUUCAUAGCAAAAAAAAUUAUUAAAUUGUGUACUCGCAUGCAGAUAAUUUAUUAAAGAAUAAUUUAAACCCAACGUUGAGUCGAUUUGUUAAUUCAUUG